AUGUCGUUCCCGCAGUCCCCCUCCGUGCAGCAGUAUCCCCAGAACGGGCAGCCCACACCCCAGCAGCAGCAGCAGCAGCAGCAGCAGCAACAGAUGCAGAUGCAAUACCAGCAGCAGCAGCAGCAAUCCCAGCAGCAGCAACAGCAGCAACAAUCCCAACAACAGCAGCAGCAAUCCCAGCAGCAAGCCUCCACCUCCAUGCCCCCGCCCGCCUCCAAGCCCACCGACCCCACCGACCUCGCCGACGCCCUCACCUCCGCCGCAUCGACCUCAAGGAAGAAGAAGCAGGCGCGCAUCGCCCACCGCCGCCAGGCCGAGAUCCGCACGGCCCACCUCGCAGACCCCUUCCUGACCCCCGAGAUCCUGUCCAACCGCCUCUUCCGCAAGACGCGCGACGCAGCCUGCCAGCUCUUCACGCUCAACGCCGGCAACGGCGCCCUCGUCACCCACGGCCAGCAGGCCGACAUCGCCGCCCUCCUCAGCCUCGCCGCGAAGGAGCGCAUAAACCAGUUUGUCACGCGCGCAAUCGUCCUCGCCCGCGCGCGCCGCCGCGCACAGAACGUGGUCUCGGGCGAGUGGGCCGACAGCGUCAAGGGCGCUGCUCUCGACCCCAUCAAGGGGGCCAUCCCGGACAGCGCUGUCUCCCCCGGGAACCCGUUAAAGCGCUCAUUCAGCUUUGCGGCGUCGGUGGAGGGGGCGGCGGCCGCCGACGACGACGACGCCGACGACGACGCUCGCCAACGAGACGGCGAAGGCGCUGCGGGGGCUGCAGCAGCGCGAGUUCCACAAGGAGCAGGAGCGCAUCGCGAAGAAGGCGAAGCGCGAGACGCCGGCCACGGCCGCGAGCACGCCGACCGUGGAGCCGACGACACCGUCGGCGGCGGGGGGCGCGGGGGGGGGCGGGGUCGUCGUCGUCGCAGGAGUCGCGGAAGCACAAUUGCGAGCAAGAAGGAGGAGGUCAUGUCGCACAAGGCGGCCAACGCGCACGGCGAACAUGAUGAUGGGCAUGGCGGGUUUGGCGGGAAGCGGAAGGAAGAAGACGUAUUCGUGGUGUCGGCUGCGGGGGGCGGGAUCGGCGGUUGGUGGCAGGGCGGCGAUGGCGCGGUGGGGGUGGGCGUGGCGACGCCGACUGACGCCGGGCGCGGUGGGGGGGGCUGGAGUAUUGGACGGGGGGCAGAGGAUUGGUGCGUGGAGGGAUGA